AUGUCUGCCCGAGUACCACUGCGCCUAAUGCCACUGGGCGGAUCGGUGACCAAGGGAGUUGGCUCAUCCCACGGCACGGGGUAUAGAAAAGCACUACUUGAGCUUCUUCAAGCGCAGAACUUUGAAGUCUGUAUGGUCGGGUCGCGCAGGACAGGCCCAAUGCCCAAUAACGACCAUGAGGGAUGGCGCGGAAACAGAAUCGACGAGAUAACAAACAAGGCUAUGAAGUCGGUCGAACGUUUGAUGCCCAAUUUGUUAACCGUCAACGCGGGCUCCAAUGACUGUAUUCAAGCGUUUAGAGUCGACGAGGCGGGGCAAAGAAUGAACGAUCUGUUGGAGUAUAUCUGGCAUGCGUCGCCGAACUCGACUGUCCUUCUCUCCACUCUCCUGGUCAACUCGGAUAAGCAGUUCCGUGCUCAGGCCGAGAAAAAGGCGGCCUUGCAGAGGAGGAUUAUUCUUGUGGACCUUUAUAAUGAUGGACCUCAUGUUGAUGGUCUGGUUGAUGGCAUACACCCCAAUGAUGAGGAAUACGACGAAGUGGCACUUCUUUGGUUUAAUGGUAUCCAGAGGACCCUGGAGAAGGGCUUGAUAGUGGGACCGAAUGACGCUGGAAUGUAG